CCUUCAUCCAGACUUUUCUCAUUCGCAUCUUCUGCUGUGGUGUGUGAAUUGUAUAUCCUGCUGCAAUCAUGCUCCUCUCGCAAGCCAAGGGUCGGCUCAUGCCCGCCGCUCUGCGGAGCUUCUCCAGACCUGCGGUCACGAAUACCGCUCGUCUCCUGUCUACUACCCUCCCGAAGCGCAAAGACGAACCCCUCAACAAGGUCUCCAGCCAUGUCACGCAGCCCAUCUCGCAGGGUGCCUCCCAGGCCAUGCUGUACGCCACCGGUCUCACCGAAGCCGACAUGAACAAGGCCCAGGUCGGCAUCUCCUCCGUCUGGUACAAUGGCAACCCGUGCAACAUGCAUCUGCUCGACCUGAACAACCGCGUGCGCGAGGGCGUCCAGAAGGCCGGCUUGGUCGGGUUCCAGUUCAACACCGUGGGUGUCAGUGACGCCAUCAGUAUGGGCACCACGGGCAUGCAGUACUCGCUGCAGAGUCGCGACCUGAUCGCCGACUCCAUCGAGACCGUCAUGGGCGGCCAGUGGUACGAUGCCAACAUCAGCAUCCCCGGCUGCGACAAGAACAUGCCCGGUGUCAUCAUGGCCAUGGGCCGCGUCAACCGCCCCAGUCUGAUGGUCUACGGCGGCACCAUCAAGCCCGGCUGCGCCGCCAUGCAGGGCAAUGCCGACAUCGACAUCGUCUCCGCCUUCCAGGCCUAUGGACAGUUCAUCACCGGUCAGAUCGACGAGCCCCAGCGCUUUGAUAUCAUCCGCAACGCCUGCCCCGGUGGCGGUGCCUGCGGUGGCAUGUACACCGCCAACACCAUGGCCACGGCCAUCGAGGUGAUGGGUAUGACCCUCCCGGGUUCCUCCUCCAACCCCGCCGAGUCCCAGGCCAAGUACCUGGAGUGUCUGGCGGCCGGUGAAGCGAUCAAGAACCUGCUCAAGGAGGACAUCCGCCCCAAGGACAUCCUCACGCGCCAGGCCUUCGAGAACGCCAUGAUCGUGGUCAACAUCACGGGCGGCUCGACCAACGCCGUGCUGCACCUGAUCGCCAUCGCCGACUCCGUUGGCAUCAAGCUCGACCUCGAGGACUUCCAGAAGGUGUCUGACCGCACCCCCUUCCUGGCGGACCUGAAGCCCUCGGGCAAGUACGUCAUGGCCGACCUGCACUCCAUCGGCGGCACCCCGUCGCUGCUCAAGUUCCUGAUCAAGGAGGGCGUCAUCGACGGCUCCGGCAUGACCGUCACCGGUCAGACCCUCGCCAAGAACCUGGAGAAGGUGGCCGACUUCCCCGAGGACCAGAAGAUCAUCCGUCCCAUGUCCGAGCCCAUCAAGCCGACCGGUCACAUCCAGAUCCUCCGCGGCUCGUUGGCCCCCGGUGGCAGUGUGGGUAAGAUCACCGGCAAGGAGGGAACCAACUUCACGGGCAAGGCCCGCGUGUUCGACGAGGAGGACGACUUCAUCGCCGCUCUGGAGCGCAACGAGAUCAAGAAGGAGGACAAGACUGUUGUUGUCAUCCGCUACACUGGACCCAAGGGUGGUCCCGGCAUGCCUGAAAUGCUGAAGCCCUCGUCCGCCCUGAUGGGUGCCGGUCUGGGUGACUCCUGCGCCCUGAUCACGGACGGUCGUUUCUCCGGUGGUUCUCACGGCUUCCUGAUCGGCCACAUCGUGCCCGAGGCCGCCGUCGGCGGUCCCAUCGGUCUGGUCCACGACGGCGACGUCAUCACCAUCGACGCCGAGAAGCGCGUCCUCGACCUGGAGGUUGAUCAGGCCGAGCUGGUGGAGCGCCGGAAGCAGUGGGAAGCCGACAAGGCGGCCGGCAAGCUGCCUCCCACGGGUCUGACCCUCAGGGGCACCCUGGGCAAGUAUGCUCGCACCGUCAAGGACGCCAGCCACGGCUGUGUCACCGAUGCCGUUGAAUAAAUGACUGUUUGAGUACGAAUGAUUUCAGAUUUGCAUGGCUUUUUUUCUGUUUUCUGGAUAGGCGAACACCAAAAUUCUUUCAUUUCAUGUUUUUAUUAUAGGAGCGUUUAUCAAUACAGGAUACCGUUUUCUUUUCUUUC